CAUCAUCAUCAUCCUGUCCCUCGCCAGCGUCGUGCAAAAAUCUCGUCCGCCCUCUGGCAUUCGGGCCUUGCUGUACCAGCUCUUUUCGUGAUACCCCCCAGCUUGCCGCGCCCGCAUUUGCCAUCCUUCCCGUUCGCUUCCUCUUCCCGUCGUUCGCUGGUUGGCCCGUCAACAUGUGUGGCAUUUUCGGUUACGUCAACUACCUGGUCGAGAAGGACCGGAAGUUUAUCAUCGACACCCUCAUAAACGGCCUGUCCCGUCUCGAGUACCGCGGCUACGACUCUGCCGGUCUGGCCAUCGAUGGCGACAAGAAGAAGGAGGUGUUUGCCUUCAAGGAGGUCGGCAAGGUUGCGAAGCUGAAGCAGCUCAUUGAUGAGUCCCAUCUCGACCUGACCAAGGUCUUCGACUCGCACUGCGGCAUCGCCCACACCCGCUGGGCUACCCACGGCCCGCCUUCCCGCCUGAACUGCCACCCCCACAGGUCCGAUCCCAACUGGGAGUUCUCCAUCGUCCACAAUGGCAUCAUCACCAACUACAAGGAGCUCAAGACGUUGCUCGAGAGCAAGGGCUUCCGGUUCGAGACCGAGACCGACACCGAGUGCAUCGCCAAGCUGGCCAAGUUCAUCUACGACCAGCACCCUAAUGUGGGCUUUACCGACCUGGCCAAGGCCGUUAUCAGCGAGCUUGAGGGCGCCUAUGGUCUGCUGAUCAAGAGCGUGCACUUCCCGCACGAGGUGAUCGCCGCCCGCAAGGGUUCGCCGCUGGUCAUCGGCGUCAAGACGCAGAAGCGCAUGAAGGUCGACUUUGUCGAUGUCGAGUAUGCCGACGAGAACAGCCCGCUGCCGGCCGAGACGGCGUCGCAGAACGUGGCCCUGAAGAAGUCGUCGGGCGCCGGCAGCCUCCUCUCGCCUAACGGUCUGCUGGGCGCCCCCGACAAGUCGCUGCUCCACCGCUCGCAGUCGCGCGCCUUUAUGACGGACGACGGCCUGCCGAUGCCGACCGAGUUCUUCCUGUCGUCGGACCCGUCGGCCAUCGUCGAGCACACCAAGAAGGUCAUGUACCUCGAGGACGACGACAUCGCGCACAUCCACGAGGGCUCGCUCAACAUCCACCGCCUGAAGAAGGCGGACGGUAGCAGCAACGUGCGCGCUAUCCAGACGCUCGAGCUCGAGCUGCAGGAGAUCAUGAAGGGCAAGUUUGACCACUUCAUGCAGAAGGAGAUCUUUGAGCAGCCCGAGUCCGUCAUCAACACGAUGCGCGGCCGUCUCGACAUCGCCAACAAGACGGUGACGCUGGGCGGCCUGCGCAACUACAUCAGCACGAUCCGCCGGUGCCGCCGCAUCAUCUUCAUCGCCUGCGGCACCUCGUACCACAGCUGCAUGGCCGUGCGCGGCAUCUUCGAGGAGCUCGCCGAGAUCCCCAUUGCCGUCGAGCUCGCGUCCGACUUCCUCGACCGCCAGGCGCCCGUGUUCCGCGACGACACGUGCGUGUUCGUGUCGCAGUCGGGCGAGACGGCUGACUCGCUUAUGGCGCUGAGAUACUGCCUGGAGCGGGGCGCCCUGACCGUCGGCAUAGUGAACGUGGUGGGCUCGAGCAUCUCGCUGCUGACGCACUGUGGCGUGCACGUCAACGCCGGCCCGGAGAUUGGCGUCGCGUCGACCAAGGCGUACACGUCGCAGUUCAUCGCCAUGGUCAUGUUCGCCCUGUCGCUUAGCGAGGACCGGGCGUCGAAGCAGCGGCGGCGCGAGGAGAUCAUGGAGGGCCUCAGCAAGAUCAGCGACCAGAUCAAGUCGGUGCUGGCGCAGGACAAGAAGAUCAAGCAGCUGUGCGAGCAAAAGUUCAAGAACCAGAAGAGCCUGCUGCUGCUCGGCCGCGGCAGCCAGUACAGCACGGCGCUGGAGGGCGCCCUCAAGAUCAAGGAAAUCAGCUACCUGCACUGCGAGGCGGUCAUGAGCGGCGAGCUCAAGCACGGCGUGCUCGCCCUUGUGGACGAGAACCUGCCCAUCAUCAUGAUCCUGACGCGCGACGACCUCUUCAAGAAGAGUCUGAAUGCCUACCAACAAGUCAUCGCCCGCGGUGGAAAGCCUAUCGUGAUUUGCAACCCGGGCGACGAGGAGUUCAAGGCAAGCCAGGCCGAGAAGAUUGAGAUCCCCAAGACGGUCGACGUCCUGCAGGGCAUCCUGAACGUCAUCCCCCUGCAGCUGAUCGCCUACUGGCUCGCCGUCAUGGAGGGCCUCAACGUCGACUUCCCGCGCAACCUUGCCAAGUCGGUGACUGUCGAGUGAAAGCAAUCGGCAAGCUGGGACUUUCUUGCCACUCUGUCAAAGAGAAGCGAGGAGGUGUCGUCCGAGCGAUAAGCAAGGACGCCGACAGGUUCUUCCUCCUGUUCUUGGACAGUGACCCGUUUUGUCAUGUAUCAGUAUUAUUGGCCAUCUCUCCAGUCCCCACGGUGGUCAGGAGUCGGCGCGCGACGAAAACUGAGGGGUUGAAGGAUUUGCAGCGCCGCGGAGGAUUGGGGCUUGGGGGGGUCCGGUGUUGAAUGCCGGGAUGGCCUGAUUGGGAUCAGGAAUAGUAGCCGUACUGAGCGUGUCAGGAAACCUCGGGCGGGGGAACUACUCAUACCUGCUGUGGGCGAUAAUAAUCUACUUGUUAUGCGGACAAUCACAAACGGUUCUGUUGAAAUCGAUAGUGGUAUCGGG